CCACCUGGCUGAUGGCAGCGUCACUAGCCAAACCUCGUCCCUUUCUCACGUGCAUUACCUUCACCGAGAAAGAAAAGUUCCCCGAAGCUCUCUCACUGCAAGCCGUCGGAGGCAGCGAACGCCAUGCGACCGCUAGCACCGUUACUCCGAACUUAUUUGCUUGGAAGAAAUGUUAGCAGUGUUGAAGCCCGUCGAUUCUCGUCUUUCAAAAGCAGAGAUGAGCUCUCGAUGGAGGAGGAAGCUGAAAGAAAAAUAGGAUGGCUGUUGAAGCUGUUUUUUGCUGGAACUGCAACAUAUUUUGCAUAUCAGUUCUUCCCUUACAUGGGGGAUAAUUUGGUUCAACAGUCUGUCUCGCUUUUGCAAGUGAAAGAUCCAUUGUUUAAAAGAAUGGGAGCCUCCAGAUUAUCUCGUUUUGCUGUUGAUGAUGAAAGGAGGAUGAAAAUAAUAGAUAUGGGAGGGGCCCAAAAGCUUUUGAGCAUGUUGGAAGGUGCCAAAGAUGACUGCACACGCAAAGAAGCUCUUAAAGCUCUUGUUGCCCUUUCUCACUCAGAUGGAGCAGUUGGUGCUCUACAUCAAGCAGGAGCGAUCCCAGUCAUUAAUUCUACUCCAGAUUCGUUCGACGAUGCUGAAGUUACCAGCUACAAAUCUAGCCUGCUCAAGAGGUUCCAAGAUCUGAAAUACAACACCAAUUCGUUGGAGGCAGACCAGAGCAGAUGAAGUCAUCAAGUUUAACGGUGUGGGACUCAAAAAAUAUGAUGGUAUGAGAGUCAAGUUUUAAAAUAUGAUGGUAUGAGAUUCAAGUUUUUAAUGCUGCCUCUGGAUGCACUGUUGCAUUGAAUUGCUGUAGCUAGUUCAUUUAAGGGUGCAUCUGGACAUGCCUGAAUUGCAUUUCAGAUGUGACUGGCCAAAUAUCAUUUAACCUGAAUGAUGUUUAAAGAGAAAUGAUCCAGUUCUCUCA